GGGCGAACCUGAGGGCGAAGAACAUCUGGUUGUGAGUGAUGUGUGCAUGUGAGGAGAAGACACUGUGAAGAAAGCCGUCUUUCAUCAAGAAGGGCAUCUUUGGAGGAAUCCUGCAGUUGCUACUUGAGUUUGGGUCUGUUAAGGACCAGCUGCAAGGGAAAUAUGGACAGUGAAGUGGGAACGAUGACCCCCAACCUGGACAGUCCUCUGAGCCCGCAGCACAUGACUGGUUUGGGGAUGAGCUGUCUUCUGUCCCCAAAGUACAGACACUCUGGCCCUGGCCUCUCUAGCCCUCAGGAGUACCACCAGUGGUUGCCUUUUCGUCACGACGCCAGCCUCCUGCCAAUGAAAGAAGAUCUAGCGCUAUGGCUCAAUGCAAUGAUGGGUGUGAACCUCACAGCGGACUGCCUGAUGGACAGUCUGGAUAACGGCGUUCUCCUCUGUCAGCUGGCGCAGAUGCUCCAAGAGAAAAUUAUUCAAGCCAGCAAUGGGAAGCCCUUUGUGAGAAGAGCGAUCCAUUGGCGAACUGAUGCAACUUCUGGAUCAUUUUUCGCCCGAGACAACACAGCCAACUUCCUCUACUGGUGUCGAAAGAUUGGCAUUGAUGAGGCUUACCUUUUUGAGUCUGAGGAUUUGGUCCUCCACAAGCAGCCUUGGGAAGUGUGCCUGUGCUUGAUGGAGCUGGGACGGACUGCAGCCAGGUAUGGAGUGGAGCCACCAGGACUGGUUAAAUUGGAAAGAGAGCUGGAAAGAGAGGAGGCAGGGUGCUCAUCUCCAUCAUCCCCCCUUACCUUUUUUACUCCGACAUCAUUGCAUUCACCAUCACAAUCCCCCCUGCCCCCAGAGCCCUCCCCUCUCCCUCUCCCUCUCCCUCCUCCUCCUCCUCCCCUCAUUCAGAGUACAACCUGUCUGCCGGAGCCCCUCGCUGCCUCCCUCGCCUCUGAUCUUACAUCCGCCACAACAAACCCAGUUUCUACAAGCUCGCCCCCUCCUCAGCCCUCCCUUUCAGCCACUAACCCUUGUACAACCACAGCCUCGACACAAACAAAUUUGCUCCCUUCAUCCUGCACCACAAACACAUCUGCUACAGCGCUGCCGUCAGCACCUUCACCAGGUCAAAUUCUGGUUUCCACAGCAAAAGUCUGUCCCACCACAAUAAACAAGCACAGUCCUACAGCCACACCUAACAUCGCCUCCCCAUCUGCAAUGUCAACCCCCCGGCCAUCCAACAAAUCCUCGAACCGGAGGAGCGCAGCCACCAGCAUUUUGGAUGAUAUUGUGAGAGGCAUUGUUGAAAACCCCCCCUGCAGCUGUCCUGCUAGAUUCCCUGUUGAGAAGCAACCUAAAGGCUGCUACCGCCUUGGAGACAAAGUUCUGUAUAUACGGAUGCUUAAUGAGCGCCAUGUGAUGGUACGUGUUGGCGGAGGAUGGGAGACUUUUCUAAGUUACCUGCAGAAACAUGACCCCUGCAGAGGGGGAGGAGGGUCAGUAGGCAGACGUGAGGUCAGAGUCUGUCGGGACAAAGUCAAGCUACCCGGCCUAAAUGUCUCACCUGGAGGUUACAUGGUGGUUGGUGCCCAUUAUUCUGGUAAGAAGUAGACUCUGACUCUGCUUCGGCAUCCAAGCAGCAGUAACCUGCUCAAAUUAUACACAGUCAUUUCAACAAGUAGUUCAAAGCCUUUUUUAUCUCAAGUUUAAAAAUAAAUACUGUUUUAUCUAUUGGUAAAUGGUCGAUAUCAGCGCUCUUAUGGCAUAUCUGUAAUAAUUAGAUGGCUAAAUGGAGCAUUUUUAACAACUAGUGACUCUCAAUAGUCAUUCUGCGGGAACAUCUUCUGGUUUCAGCAACUGUACUGAGAUGAAAUUCUGCUAUGUGUUUUGCACUGUUUGUGGAAAUAAACUGUAAUCCCAGUUCAUCACAUUAUGGUGUGAGACAUGAAUAUUAGUUGGAAGACUAGUCGUGAACAUAUAAUUACGAAUCGAUUUGUCUUAGAUCGCCCUGUGACAUCUGGGAGAGGUUUCCAGCCCCAAGGCAUGAAAUAAGGAUGAGCAUCAUUAGAUGCUCAUCCUUAAGGUGAAAGGUAUCUGAUGAUGUUGUUGAAGUUAAAUCAUCCACUUCUAUUUGUUCUGUUGUAUUGUUGCUUUUAUUAAACUUACACCUGUGUCUUGUA